UAUGGAGAAGGAACUCUUCAUCGUCUAUUUGUUUAGAAAUAAUAGUGGCGUCACAUUUUUUCAGCAUGCAAUGAUGUCAUUUUUGUAUUACAUAUUCAUUAUUAUUAUUAUAACCAUGAAUAGUUAUAUUAUUAUUGUAUUAUAAAACACACGUUACACACAUAGGUUAUACACGUGGUGCGUCACUAGCAUGCGUCAAAAGGACGUUCACGAAAGGAGGUUUGGGUAAAUUACCUGAGAAGUCGGGGAGAGGAAGUCAUCAUCCGGUAUUUAAACCGUAAACGCAAAACGGGUUCCUGUGAGCGUCUAGACUCAAAUCGACAUGCGUGGCUUAACUAGAGCAAUUAAUUCAGUCCCGAGUGUAGUUUGACCGCGUAUUGAUACCACACGGUCCUCGCUACCAUGUGGUUUAACGUGUCACACUCGCGUUACAGCCACAGACACUGGUGAGUAACGUUGUUAGCAGACACCUCGGCUAGCUAACGGUGGAAACAAAUGAGACCGUACAAAGCUUCCCCGGGGCCCCCGAGUCCUCCACACGGGAACCAACGUAGCCCGAAGUUAAAGUUAGCGUUAGCAGAAACAAUGCAUUGAAGGGGAACUUCGUCUUCUGCUCGGAAGAAACAACGCCAGCUCCGUGCUGCAAGGUUCUGUCUUCAGUUGGGUUCACAUCAGAUGGAGGACAAAUUCACCGCAGUGGUCCCGUCCGCUGGUUUAGAAACUCCCGCUGCCAUGCCUUCCGUUGGACUGCUUUUGUAAAACGCGGCAGCCAUGGCUUCUCGGAAGGCAGCCGAGCUACCGAGGGACACCGUGGAUUUGGCUUCGGCCACCGCACAACCGUCCCGACGCGGCCCCGACGACAUCACAGAAGAGCCUCAGCCGGAUACGAUGACUGCGACGGUGAAAUCCCCGAAGUCUGGGAAAUUUAGGAGAACUGCUCUGACGUUCUUCGGAGUUCGUAAAAGUAUCUGUAUUUUGCCGAGUUUUUUUGGAGGAAGGAGUAAAAAUCCCAAUAAGUGGUCUUCGAAGAAAGGAAUGAGCAAAAGCAGAACACACGAUGGGCUGAGUAAGGUCUGUCAUGAGGACAGUGGGAGCAGUCGGUGCAACUCGGCUAGAGAUUGUGAGUUCCUCGGCCAGAGGGACUCGGCUGGAGAGCUCCACAGUAGCUGUCGCAAUGAAUGUAGUCACUCCCCUGCUGAACAGAAAUCACUGACUCUCACCCGGCAGAAAAGGGGCUUGAGGAGCCUUUUUCAAAGUUUCAAGUAUCACAGAAACCACAGAAAUGUUGGAUUGGAUAAAACUGAAAUGAUUGCAAUGACCUCUCGCUGCAAGAAAGAGGUGCCUGUUGUCCAGGACAACACUGACCAGUAUGUCACGGAGUGCCUGGGAUCUGAACCCGAUGUGCCUGAUUUUGCAGAAGUUCCACGAGAUGUUUCCUUCGGGCCUGAAUGUAUCGAUGCCGACGAGGUGCCGUCGGAGAAGAGCGCGGAGCUCGGCAGCCCAAAGUCUGAGCUUGACGAUGAGAUGUGCGAUGAGGAAACGGAGGAAAUGAAUUUGACGGCUGUAGUUGCCAGCGACUUGAAGGAGAGUUCGAGAGGACACAGCGAGCCUUGUCUGAAGCUUCAGACGACGCCUUCACCCGCAUUGCAGUCGGAAACGCCCGCUGGCUCGUCGGAGCAGCUGAGCCUGAUUUACGGAGACGUCGCCUCGUUAAAGAGCUUCGAUUCCCUCACCGGCUGCGGGGACAUUAUCGCAGAUCAGGAAGACGACAGCAUCACGGAGAGCACCGUCUCCGGAGAGAGGAGCAGGAGUGGAGGAAAGAGGGCCUCUUGUUAUCUCACCUAUCAGGGCGGCGGUGAAGAAAUGGCUUCACCCGAAGACUUGGAUGAGGAGUGUCUUCAUGACUUCUGGGGGAACAACACGUCGGAGGAAAUUUGCUGCACUUGCAACCAGGAGCACACAGAUUUGACUGCCGACCUGACGAGUUCUCACAACAUGGACCUGCUGAACAGUAACAGUACGCAGCAAGCCAGCGGCACGGACGCUUCUUCGAUCGCCGACGUGCUGACGCCCCAAAGUGAGCAUCAAGAAUCGGUUCCGAACAGCGACGAGGGCUACUACGACUCGACUACGCCGGGGCCGGAUGACGGACAGGAGAAGGCCGACAGACUGAGGGCAGAGAGGUUACCCAGGGACAGUUACAGCGGCGACGCCCUCUAUGAACUGUUCGCACCCGACGAGAGUCUCAUCAGUCCGCAUUACGAGAACAAACCGAAGCUGUCCACUUCCAAACAGUGCGAGUAUUCAAGUGAGCCCGUCGGUGUGACAGACUCCGCCUUCGUUCCGGACAUGAAUCGACUGCAGAUCGGCGCGGAAAUGUACGAGGUGGCACAAAAUAUGAUUGGUCGGCAGGAAAUCGGCACAAAUAAGAACUGUAGUUUGAGUUCAAAACCACAAGCGUCAGUCAACAGGAAUAACAUAGAACCGGAUGUGUUCGAAAAGGGAACCAUGCCUGCUUCCACUGAAAAAAGAACAAAAUCCAUAAAUGCCGACUGUGAGAAACGGCACAGCAGUGUGUCAUUCGGAAGCACAUCCGACCCCGAUUUUGAAACAUUUUGCGAACCCAAAGAGCAAAACCUGGAGGAAAACAAGCCCGUGGCUUUACCGUACAGGACCAUCAGUUCUCAGUCACCGGACGAAGGCAACGACUUGGACGACGGGCAAACUGUGUGUUUCUCUCAAGCGCUCGUGGACUACACGAAGCGCUCCCAGAUGCUGAGCGACAUGGACGACGGCGCGGACGAUUCGGAGACGAACUCCGCCUUCACUCCGAACAUGCAGGCCUUACCCACCAUCGUCACGUUCGACGUGGUGGACAUGCACAACGAGGGAGAGUACGACGAGCAGAUUCACAUGGAGCUGGAGGAGGACAUCUCGUCGCCCUAUCAGGAAUUUGAAGAAAGCUACCUGCAAAAAGACGCAUUUGCCGAGUGCAACUAUCAAAUGUUAGACCUGUAUGAACAGAACCUGAUCAGCAACACGUGGGCGAUCGCUAGUCUCCCACAGCACCUCGCGAGAGUUGGUCAGCCCACAUCUAAUCCGUUAUCUCUAGACCGGAGGAGCAGGUCUCUGGACACGGAAGGCCUCGAGUUGAAGACGCCCGGCGGAUACAGAGAGAACAGAGAAAAAGUUCAGAGUCAAACCCAAGUCAAACGCAACAUAUUUUCGAGUUCACCCAGCAGCGAACGCGCCGACAGUAAAUCGCUUCCUUCGCAGUCAGAUUCUUGUUUACAUCACAGCACCUUUGUUUAUUCCGGAACGAUGGACGAGGAAUCGGAUGAGGAUGUUUUUUGUAACGCUGCCACUAACUUGCGGUCCUAUAACAGCAGACCAGUGGCGAGCAGGGAGGGGACAUCUCAUCCCGCCAGUCCUCUGAGUGCAGGUGUGUCUAAAGGUGAAACGAGAACACCCAGAGAGACGUGGCCCGCAGCAAACUCACCGGAGGCAACCUUUUAAUUAAUCGGCUGCUGGUGUCGAAAAUCCCAUUUGUAUGUGCUAAUGAGUGCUUUUAUGUUUCAUCCAAAGGAGUAACUGUUGCUUCAUUUUUAUUCUUUUUUUUUUACUUGUACAACAGAUUCAUUUGACAAGUUGCUGUACACCGAGAGAGACGUGACACUACUCUGAAAUGUGGAGAGCGACCUCAUUGGGAAGUCAGAAGGGGAUUGUCUGCUUUUCCCCAGUAACAGUUUCACAAAGGACACACACACAAAAGUGUUUCAGCAAGUGAUUGUUUCAUCUCAUUAAGCUACUGAACUUUACUAGAAUGCUUGUCUCCACACGUAGCCUCAGUGUCCAGGUCUCAAUAGUAAUGCCACACUUUGUUUGAUGGCUCUUCAUUAGCCCUGUGUUUCCAUAGCACAGCCAAACGGGGCGAGCCAAGUCUCGCUUUCUCUGCCAAUUGCCCCCGAAAUCACGCGUGCUUUUGCUUUAAGUGCCGGCUUAUGUUUACUACUUUUUUCACAGCCUCUCUUUACUCCAGUAAGGUUUAUGUAGGCCUGUCAUGAUGUUCAAAUAUACUGUUUUUUUUUUACCUCUUUUCUUGAGGUACCUCAUUUCCAGACAGAUUGGGUUUAGUAAACAACGAGAGAAUACAUCAAUUCACAGAGAGGAAUAGUCUAGUCCACAAUAUACAACAUUCAAACAAGUCAUUUACAUACUGUAGAUGGCCUUACAAGAUAUCUACUUACCAUAGCACAUUUCACACGCAGUUAUCCUGUAUGUGUGAAAGUGAUUUACAUAACUGGUUGAAGAAAUAGUCAAAGAGUAAAAUAUAUAUAAAACGGUGGAGGGGGAAAAAAACUGGUAGAACCUAAUAGUCUCAAAUUCACUGUUCUGCUUCUGGCCCGACAAACCGAAUCAGCCUUACUGUGGGUGUUGUUGUUUUUCUCCCAUUUUUUCCGACAGCUGGACCACCUGUGAAGUUUAAAUUCUGACUGAAAUGAUGCACUCAACUUAUUACAUGACUGUACGCUUGUGGAAAACGUAGUUGGACUUUUGUUUUGAGAUGAUCUGUUAAAAGAUAAACUGGUGUUUUCACCUUGUAUCAUUUUCUUGUGCAUUUUGAUCGGUUGGAGGUUAAACUGUCAGAUGAUGUAGCUUCUUUUAUAGGGGAAUACUGCAGAAAUGUCAAAGAAUUUGUAUUUAUAUUCUCAGCUGUCUGUACACUCUUAACAUUGUAUUCAGAAUGGUUAUUACAAAUUGGCAAUAUUGUUUCUGUUUUUAAAAUGUUUUUUAUUAAGUUACAUCCAUGUUACGUUAGGGGCUUCUCCUUGAGAAUCUGUUACUAUUUGUUACAGUAGAACACUGCCUUAUACAAAAAUAAACUUUUUGUUUUCA